AGGCUCUGGGCAAUCAAGUUACGUUGGAGCCCAACCUAAACCAGCCCGGGUGGUGGAGGAAGCCUUUAAACCGUGGAAGCCUGUAGUGUGGAUGGCCAGUUGUUAUCGGAAUCUCAGGCCCGUGGGUGCAUGAACAGCGGAGGAGGGUAUUUGAGUGCGCACGUGAGAGAAUGUUGUAUAUGUCAGAUGAGGAAUGUUUGAGAGUGUGUGACAGAGAAACUGCGUGUGAGAGGCUGGGAUGUGCCUCCUUGACGGUGGGUGCGGUUGUGAGGCUGUGACAGCUCUGGAUUCUCUGGAGUUUGAAUGUUUCCAGUGUUGGAACCCCACCGAGUAGGACUGAUCAGGUCUUACAAUUCUAAAACCAUGACCUGUAACUGGGGAAGACCUUUGAAGUUUUGUCCAACAAAGUAUAUGAAGUUUCAGGAAUUAGUGACGUUCAGGGAUGUGGCCAUAGACUUCUCUCGGCAGGAGUGGGAAUACCUGGACCCUAAUCAGAGGGACUUAUACAGGGAUGUGAUGUUGGAGAACUAUAGAAACCUGGUCUCACUGGGAGGACAUUCCAUUUCUAAACCAGUUGUGGUUGAUUUACUGGAGCGAGGAAAAGAGCCCUGGAUGAUUUUGAGAGAAGAAACACAGUUCACAGAUUUGGAUUUACAGUGUGAGAUAAUCAGCUACAUAGAAGUACCCACUUAUGAAACAGAUAUAUCCUCUACACAACUUCAGAGCAUAUAUAAGAGAGAGAAACUCUAUGAAUGUAAGAAAUGUCAGAAGAAAUUUAGUAGUGGUUAUCAACUUAUUCUACAUCACAGGUUUCAUAUUAUUGAGAGACCCUAUGAAUGCAAAGAGUGUGGGAAGAACUUUCGUAGUGGCUAUCAACUUACUCUACAUCAAAGAUUUCAUACUGGUGAGAAGCCCUAUGAAUGUACAGAAUGUGGGAAGAACUUUAGAAGUGGUUAUCAGCUGACUGUGCAUCAGAGACUUCAUACUGGUGAGAAAACCUAUGAAUGUAGGCAGUGUGGGAAGGCCUUUAUAUAUGCCUCACACAUUGCUCAACAUGAGAGAAUUCACACUGGUGGGAAGCCUUAUGAAUGUCAGGAGUGUGGGAGGGCCUUUAGUCAAGGUGGACACCUUAGAAUUCAUCAGAGAGUUCAUACUGGUGAAAAACCAUAUAAAUGUAAGGAAUGUGGGAAGACUUUUAGUAGGCGCUCAAAUCUUGUUGAACAUGGGCAGACUCAUACUGAUGAGAAGCCAUACGUAUGUGAGAAAUGUGGAAAAGCCUUUAGAAGAGGUCACCAACUUAUUGUACAUCAGAGUGUUCACACUGGUAAAAAGCCAUAUGAGUGUAAAGAAUGUGGGAAGGGCUAUACCACUGCCUCAUACUUUCUUCUACAUCAGAGGAUUCAUAAAGGUGGAAAACCCUAUGAAUGUAAGGAGUGUAAGAAAACCUUUACUUUGUAUAGAAAUCUUACUCAGCAUCAGAAUAUUCAUACUGGUGAGAAACUUUUUGAAUGCAAGCAAUGUGGGAAGACAUAUACUACUGGUUCAAAACUCUUUCAACAUCAGAAAACUCAUACUGGCGAGAAACCCUAUGAAUGCAAGGAAUGCGGGAGGGCCUUUAGCUUGUAUGGCUACCUUAAACAACAUCAGAAAAUUCAUACUGGCACGAAACGCUUUGAAUGUAAGGAGUGUAAAAAAACCUUUACUUUGUAUAGAAAUCUUACUCGACAUCAGAAUAUUCACACUGGUAAGAAACUUUUUGAAUGUCAGGAAUGUGGGAAGGCCUAUAGUACUGGCUCAAACCUUAUUCAACAUCAGAAAACUCAUACUGGUGAGAAACCCUAUAAAUGUAAGGAAUGUGGAAAGACCUUUAGCUUGCAUGGAUAUCUUAAUCAACAUCAGAAAAUUCAUACUGGUGUGAAACCCUAUGAAUGUAAGGUAUGUAGAAAAACCUUUACUUUCUAUAGAAAUCUUACUCUACAUCAAAGUAUUCAUACUGAUGAGAAACCUUUUGAAUGUAAGGAAUGUGGGAAGACCUUUAGACGUAGUUCACACCUUACUGCACAUCAGAGCAUUCAUGCUGAUAAAAAACCCUAUGAAUGUAAAGAAUGUGGAAAGGCCUUUAAAAUGUAUGGCUACCUUACCCAACAUCAGAAAAUUCAUACUGGUGGAAAACCUUAUGAAUGUAAAGAAUGUGGGAAGGCCUUCAGUCGUGCUUCAAACCUUGUUCAACAUGAGAGAAUUCAUACUGGUGAGAAACCCUAUGUGUGUAAGCAAUGUGGGAAAACCUUCAGAUAUGGUUCAGCCCUUAAAACCCAUCAGGGAAUUCACAGGAGCAUAAAAGUGUAAGACCAUAAAGAGUACGAGCGCGCCAUUCAUCAUCAGACAGUCCACACUGGUGAGAAAUGAUGGAAUGUUAGUCUUAUAGGUAUGGCUUUAGCAAUUGAGAGAGUUCAAAAUGCAGUUCUUGCCACAUUAGAAAGCAUUUAAUAUCAGUCCUGUUUUAAUGGAAUAUCUGACUAUUCAAUGGUAAAUUAAGAAAAAAACAAAACAAAACACGAAACCCAGUUUCUUCACGCCUACAACAUCCAUGGCAUGGAUUUAAAAAAAAAAAAACUUAUUAAUUAAGGCCGGGCGCGGUGGCUCACGCCUGUAAUCCCAGCAAUCUGGGAGGCCGAGGUGGGCGGAUCACGAGGUCAGGAGAUUGAGACCAUCCUGGUAACACGAUGAAACCCCGUCUCUACUAAAAAUACAAAAAAUUAGCUGGGCGUGGUGGCAGGCGCCUGUAAUCCCAGCUACUCGGGAGGCUGAGGCAGGAGAAUAGCGUGAACCCAGGAGGCGGAGCUUGUAGUGAGCAGAGAUCGCGCCACUGCACUCCAGCCUGGGCGACAAGAGCGAGACUCCGUCUCAAAAGAAAAAAAAAAACUUAUUAAUUAAAAGGAUGACCAAAAGCCUUUCAUACUAGAUUUCAAUGGCUGUAUUACAAAUUACCUCAAGCCUUAAUGUCUUACCACAACAAUAAACAUCACUAAUAGGUUCUGAGGGUCAGAAAUUCGGAAGAGGCUUAACUGAGUGCUUUUGAGUUGGUUUUUCCAUGAGCUUGCUGUCUUCCUAAGGCUUGUUGGGGCUGAAGGAUCUGUUUUCCAGGUGGCACGCUCACACUGGCUGGCUGGCUUAGAGAGUGAGAGUGCCAGGAGAAAGCUGUGACUUUGGAGCUGUUUUUUGUUUGUUUGUUUAUUUUUGUUUUUGUUUUUUGAGACAGGGUCUUGCUCUAUCACCCAGGCUGGAGUGCAGAGGCAUGAUCAUAGCUCACUGCAGCUUUCAACUUCUGGGCUCAAGCAAUUUGGGUGGCUUCUUGAGCAUAUUUUGCAUGACGUAGAAAUAUAAGCAAUCUGUACUCAGAGUGCCAGUCAUGGUGUUUUAAAAAUAUGCCCUCAAAUUCUUUGAAACUCUACCCUUCAAACUUGAAGUCUGGCCAGGUGUGGUGACUCACGCCUGUAAUCCCAGCACUUUGGGAGACCGAGGCCUAGCCAGGCAUGAUGGCACACGCCUGCAGUCCCAGCUACUAGGGAGGCUGAGGUAGGAGAAUCGCUUGAACUUGGGAGGCAGAGGCGGCAGUGAGCUGAGAUUGUGCCUCUGCACUCCAGCCUGGGCAACAGCAUGAGACUCCAUCUCAAAAACAAAAACAACAGAUAAAAAAACCUGAAAUCCAAUUCCCCUCCCUUUGCAUGUGAGCUGAACCUAGUCACUUGCUUCUAAUGAACAGAAUCUUCAGGAUCGCCUUUCCCUGGUGCUCGUGCUCACUUGUUCAUUCACUCUUGUGCAAAUCCAGCCUCCUCUACCUAGGGCUUCUGCAGAGGCUGCUGACAGAACCUUUUAUAGACGUUUCAUUGAUUGGUGAUUCUCAUAAUUGUCACAUUAGAUAUUGCUGGAGUCUUAACCAAGGGUUUUUAAUAGUCAUACUCUAUCUGUUCUUUGGAGAACAGAUAACCUGCUGUGAAAUGCCCCCUCUGCUCCCUCUCUGAAAUAAUCAUCGUGUUAAUGUUGAGGCCAUGCUUCCCAUGGGCUGCCCCCAGCCCCUUUUCUGAGCACAACAGAAGUAUUCAUGCUAGUCAAUUCUUAUGAAACCCAGACCCUUCAGCUGGGGAACUGUGAAUCAGCCAGACUUAAACUGUCUUCAUACUGCCCCACGUUUUCAUAGUUUUUCUACCAAUCUUGCUUCAUCCCUCUCCUUCAGAGUCAUCUGUCUUGUACUAUGGCCUGAAGGCUUUCACUGCCUUUCCUGGACCUCUUUUUCAUUCAUAGCCCCUUCCUUCCUUCUGAUCUGAUCUUGUUUUUUUGCUUUUCAGAGGAUCAAGAUGAACACAUACCCUAAGGUUACCUACAUACUGUGUUUCCCUAACAGUGCUCUGGAUUUUAUCUUUGUCCAGAGACCAUUUCUGAAGUUUAGCAUCAUUUGCUUUCUGGAGAGGCUGGGAGUUUCCAAAAGCAAGUCCUGGUUCACUUCUGUUUAACAAUCUUUUUCUAGCUUAUCUUCCUUCUUGCACUUAAGCAACAAGAAGCAAGACACCUUCAACAUUCUGCUUGGAAGUCUCCUAAGCUAAAUUACCCACUUUUUUUGUUGCUGUUGUUUGUUUUUGUUUCUUAAAGACACAAUCUUGCUUUGUCACCCAAGUUGGAGUGCAGUGGUGUGAUCAUAGCUCACUACAACCUUGAACUCCUGGGCUCAAGUGAUCUGCCCGUCUCAGCCUCAGGAGUAGCUAGGACUACAGGUGUAUGCACAACUACACCUAGCUAAUUCCUUUUUUUUUUUUGGUAGAGAUGAGGCCUCCCUAUGUUGCCUGAGCUGGUCUCAAACUCUUGGUCCUCCUACCUUGACCUCCCAAAGUGAUGGGAUUAUAGCGUGAGCCUGGCCCAGUUACACAGUUCUGUAGGUAUUAUUUUGUACUUUUCACAGUUACCACGUGCAGCAAUGUUGCUUUCUGCUAUUACAUAACAAGAAUCCCUUCCCCGCAGUCUCCAGUAACAUUUUUCAGUUUUCUUUAAGCCCUUACUAGGAGCCUCUUCAAAAAUAUCCAGGUUUCUGCUAAUAAUAUUUUCCAGGCCCUUCCAAUUUCCACCCAGUUUGUCGUCCCAAUGCCCCUCUGACAUUUGUAGCUUUUUGUUUCAAUAGCAUCCCUUGUCUAGGUACCAAAAUCUGUUAUCUCAUGCCACAUUCCAAAGAACCCGAAGAAUUAGUGGCUUAAAAUGCCAAUAAAUGUGUAUUUUUCUCACAGUUUCUGUGAGUCAGAAAUUUGGGAGCAGCUAAGCUAGGCAGUUCUAGCUCCAAGUGUCUCAAGAGGUUGUGCUUAUCUAAAGGCUUGACUACAGCUGGAGGAUAUGCUUUCAAAUGGCUUAGUUCUGUAGCUGAUAAGUUUAUACUGGCAAGUCGUUUCUUCUCCCACGGGGCCUUGUCCAUAAGCUGCUUGAGUGUGCUUGUGACGUGACAGUCAGAUGUGAUCCUUUUUAUAAUCUCUCUUUGGAAGUUAGUUCUGCCACAUUCUAUUUGUUCCCAGAAAAUCACUAAGUCUGGCCUACAUUCAAUAAGAGAGGAAUUAAGUUUCACCUUUGUUUUUUUUUUUGAAGGCAGGAUCUUUCACUGUCAUCCAGUGGAGUGCAUAUGGCUCACUUCAGCCUCAACCUCCUGGGCUUCAGUGAUCCUCCUGCUUCAGCUUCCCGAGUAGCUGGGACUACAGGUGUGUGUCACCAUGCCCAGCUAAUUUUUAAAUUUUUGGUAGAGAUGGGGGUCUCACCAACUUGCCCAGGCUUGUCUCAAACUCCUAGGCUCAAGCAUUCUUCCCACAGUGUUCCCACAGUGCUGAGAUUAUAGGCGUGAACCACCGUGCCCAGCCCACUUUCACCUUUUAAAGAGAGAAAUGUCAAAACAUUUGCAGACAUAUUUUUAUUUUUAAGUCACCACACAUGACACCACUCAAUCAUUGUUGAAGUCUCAAAAAUUAGUACUAAUAAACUAACUUGUUAAUGUCACAUAUGCAAUAGUGCUUUUAGCCACAGCACAUGCCUUACCUGUCAUCACUGCCACAUAACUCCCUGUGUGUCGUUGGCCAAGAUAUUUAUCAUCUAUGGGAAUUAUUUUUAAAGUAUAAUCAAGAAACCCAGGCAUGGUGGUGCACACCUGUAGUCCCAGCUACUCAGGAGACUGAGGCGGGAGGAUCGCUUGAGGCAAGAGUGUAAGACUGCAGUGCUCUAUGAUGGUGCCUGUGAAUAGCCACUGCACACCAGCCUGGCUUUUUUAGGCCCCGUCUAAAAAGAAAAAAGGUACAUAAGAGUCCUAUUAUGUGGAUGUGGCCCAAAUUAUACUUGUCAAAACCUGGGAAGACUGUUUGGCAUAUAGCGCUAUGCUCAAUAAAUAUGAGCUUUUGGCCAGGCGCAGUGGCUUACGCCUGUAAUCUCAGCAGUUUGGGAGGCCGAGGAGGGUGGAUCACAUGUCAGGAGAUCGAGACCAUCCUGGCUAGCAUGGUGAAACCCCAUCUCUACAAAAAAUACAAAAAAUUAGCCGGGCGUGGUGACACACACCUGUAGUCCCAGCUACUCAGAAAGGCUGAGGCAGGAGAAUCACUUGAACCUUGGAGGCGGAGGUUGCAGUGAGCUGGGAUCGUGCCACUGCACUCCAGCCUGGGUGACAGAGCGAGACUCUGUCUUAAAAUAAAUAAAUAAAUAAAUAUGAGCUAUUAUAGAUAUCGUCAUUAUUUGUGUUGCUGAUAAUUACUUUUUAUGAAAGAUUCUAAUAGCAUAAUUAAUUUAGAACAGCUUCUUAAAGCCACUCAUCUAUUAUUAAAUUUUGUAUAAUUUUGGAAAUUAAGAAUAUGAUUUUAGUGUGUCUAAAGAUUUUGGCCAGGUGCAGUGGCUCACACCUCUAAUCUCAGCACUUUAGGAAGCCAAGGCAGGCAGAUCACCUGAGGUCAGGAGUUCAAGACCAUCCUGGGCAACAUGGCAAAACCCGAUCUCUACUAAAAAUACAAAAAUUAGCCAGGUGUGGUGGCACACACCUGUAAUCCCAACUACUCGGAGGGCUGAGACAUGAGAAUGGCUUGAACCCAGGAGGCGGAGGUUGCAGUGAGCCGAGAUCACACCGCUACACUCCAGCUUGAGUGACAGAGCAAGACUCCGUCUCAAAAAAAAAAAAAAAAAGAUUUUGCAUAUCUUGUUUUGUUUUGCUUUUGCUUUUUUUAUUUUUUGUGGAGAUGGGGUCUCACUAUGUUGCCUAGGCUGGUCUCAAACCCCUGGCCUCAAGCAAUCCUCCUGCCUUGGCUUCCCAAAUUGCUGGGAUUAUAGGCGUGAGCCACUGUGGCUGGCCAAGAUUUUGAUAAUAGCCAACAAUUCAUAUUCUCUGUUCACAAUUUAAGAUAAAGUAGGAAUUAAUAAUGGGCUAUCAAGAAGUAAAUUGUUCUCUUGGAGGUUUUCCCUAAAUUUGAAAUGUACAUUUUAAUUUAACAUACAGAAAAAUUGAAAGAAUUGUUUAGUAACCCACCAUGUAUGUUUACAUUCAUGUUAUUUGCUUUAUCUUAUGUCAGCUAUUUUUAUCUGCUUAUGUAUGGGUUAUUUCUGUAUCAUUUGAGAGUAAGUUGUAGAUAUCAUGGCACUUUGCCUUUAAAUAUAUGUAAAUUUCCUGGAUAACUGUGAUACUAUAAUCAUACUGGAAAAACUUAAGAAUUUCUAUAGUGUCUUCAAAUAUGUGCCCAAAGUUUUUUUAUAACUACUUAUUUUCUAAUCAGUAUCCACUCUUGGUUAAUUCAUUGCAUUUGGGAUUUUUUUUUAAUUUAUUCUUUUUCUCUAGGAUAAUAUCCCCACUUUUUCAUGCUUUUGAAUUUUUCUUUUUUUUCUUUUGAGACAGAGUCUUGCUCUGUCACUAGGCUGGAGUGCAGUGGUGCGAUCUCAGCUUACUGCAACCUCUGCCUCUCGGGUUCAAGCAAUUCUGCCUCAGCCUCUCAAGUAGCUGGGACUACAGGCACAUGCCACCACACCCAGCUAAUUUUUGUAUUUUUAGUAGAGACAGGAUUUCAUCAUGUUGGCCAGGAUGGUCUGGAUCUCUUGACCUUGUGAUCCGCCCGCCUUGGCCUCCCAAAGUGCUGGGAUUACAGGCGUGAGCCACCGCACCCAGCCUGAAUUUUUCUUUUUUAAGUACCCAAAGAAUGUCCCACAUUCUUGAUUUCUGCUUCACAGUAUGAUUUAACUUGUUGCUCUGUCCCUCAUGUUUCCUAUAAAUUGGAAGUUAUGUCUAGAAAAUUCAUUAGGUUGAGAUUAGGUUGAGAUUUUUGUCAAGAACAUCUCAGGAAUGAUGCUGCAGACUUCUGAAAGCAUAUCAGGUUUUUACAUGAUUAUUUAUGCUACACUGUAAAGCUUGCUUAAAGAGGUAACUGUCAGCUCUCCAUUGAACAAUUCCAUUUUGCAUUAGUAAUUUGAUGGGUGCUACAUUGAUCCAUUAAUUUGAAAAUAUAAUCCCUUUAAUUCAGGAAACAAGGAUUGAAACAAAAAGAUGUCAUUGUAUUCAUCUCUCUGUAUAGCACAUAUGAACUGCCUGUUAAAGGCUAGACUAUAAAUCUGUGGAUAGAAACAAUGUUAAUAUAUGAGGCUAGAAGAAAGGAAAACAAAUAUACCAAUAUUAAGAAAAAAGUAAUAAAACUAGGUAAAGAGAUUAAUGAUUAGGAAAUAAAACUAGUUUUUAUUCAGAUCCUACUCCCUCCUCCCUCCCAUUUUGUGGAACAUGAGCUAAAUCUCUAGACAUAAGAAAAAUUUUAAAAGAGCAAUAUGAAGAAAAUGCUUUAAAUUAAAAGUUAAUUUUUGCCGGGCACAGUGGCUCACACCUGUAAUCCCAGCACUUUGGGAGGCCGAGGCAGGUGGAUCAUUUGAGGUCAGGAGUUCGAGACCAGCCUGGCCAACAUGGUGAAACCUCAUCUCUACUACAGAUACAAAAAUUAGCUGGGCAUGGUGGCAUGUGCCUGUAAUCCUAGCUACUUGGGAGGCUGAGACGGGAGAAUCUCAUGAACCCGGGAGGCGGAGAUUGCAGUGAGCCAAGAUCAUGCCAUUGCACUCCAGCCUGGGCAAUAGAGCGAGACCCAGUCUCAAAAAAAAAGAGUUAAUUUUUGAUGUUUAUACCAAAAUAUUUAGCAAUCUCUAAUGUAUUUUGAGAAGGAAUUAUAUUUGUAAAAGAAUAUAGUUUUUCAAAAUGACAUAAGUAUUGUAGGAAAUCAGAAUUUUUAAAAGAUGAUUGAAAACAAGAUGAGUUUCACUCAUUAGGGUAAAUGGAAAAUUUCUGAGUAUGAUAUCAGCAAACUCUAAGAU